GGAAGAAGAAGGAGAAGAAGAAGGGCUAUGAAAGUGACGACGGCUUGAUGUAGGAGGAGGGUGUUUUCAAAGAAGGCUCGAGAAGUGUUUUAUUGUUUUAAAGAGAGUGGCACAACCAAAGAUUUUUAGUCAAAUAGCCUAUAUACAGCCACAAAAUGCUCUGCCACGUUACUCGUCCGGAUUCGGUGGUGAUGGAAGUGGAAGUUGAUGCGAAGGCGAACGGUGAAGACUGUCUGAAUAAGGUUUGCAGAAAGUUGGGCAUAAUUGAAGUGGACUACUUUGGGCUGCAGUUCACAGGCGGCAAAGGCGAGAACCUGUGGCUGAAUCUGAGGAACCGCAUCUGCCAGCAGAUGGAUAACGUGACGCCGUGUCGGCUGAGGCUGCGGGUCAAGUUCUUCGUGGAGCCUCAUCUCAUUCUGCAGGAACAGACGAGACACGUCUUCUUCACACACGUGAAGGAGGACCUCCAUAACGGCCACCUACGGAUGGGCUCGGAACAAGCGGAGGAGCUGAGCGCACUCCUGGCGCAGGCCGAGUUCGGCGACUACAACCAAAACACAGCCAAGUACUGGUACUCGGAGCUGUGCGGAGAGGAGCCCAGCACCGCCACCAUGAACAGCAUCGUAUCCAGACACAAGGCUCUGGAAGGCUCGAGCCAGGGCUCGGUGGAGUAUCAGGCCCUGCAGCUCAUCUCCUCUCUGGAGCAUUACGGCGUGGAGUGGCACUGGGCUCGCGACGCAAACGGCCAACGGCUGGCCAUAGGAGUCGGCCCCGAGGGCAUCGCCAUUUGCAAGGAGGACUUCAGCUUAGUCAACAGAAUAAGCUAUCCACUCAUCCAGAUUGCAACCCAGUCGGGGAAGAGCGUGUACUUGACGGUUACCAAGGACACGAGUGACAGCGUGGUGCUGUUGUUCAAGCUGAUCAGUAACCGGGCAGCCAGCGGUCUGUACCGGGCCAUUACAGAGACCCACGCCUUCUACAGGUGUGACACGGUUACUAAUGCGGUGAUGAUGCAGUACAGCAGAGACUUCAAGGGCCACCUCGCUUCGCUUUUCCUCAACGAAAACAUCAACCUGGGCAAGAAGUACGUCUUCGACAUCCGACGCACCUCCAAGGAAGUGUACGACCACGCCCGCCGCGCCCUCUACAACUCCGGCGUCGUGGACCUGGUGUCCGGCAACGGCGGCGAACGCUCCUCUCCCUCGCGCUCCCCGAGCCGAGACGACCAGCAGGACGAGGGGCUGGACUGCGGCAGCUGCCAGCAGAGCCGAGCCCUGCAGGAGCGGCUGCAGAAGCUCAGGGAGGCUCUGCUGUGCAUGCUCUGCUGCGAGGAGGAGAUCGACGCCGCGUUCUGCCCGUGCGGCCACAUGGUGUGUUGCCAGACGUGCGCAAAUCAGCUGCAGUUGUGUCCGGUGUGCCGGUCGGACGUGGAGCACGUGCAGCACAUCUACCUGCCCACCUGCACCAGCCUGCUGAACCUGACGCUGACCGACAACCACCAACACCGCAGCAGCAGCAUCCCCGCGCCCAUCCACAGAGAAAUGGCCUCCCCUCACAGCUGCUCGGCGACAGAAUACGACCACAAGAUCUACCACACAUAAAAGACAACUCCACCAAAACGCCAUUAUAAAACCAGCCGGAUUAAGGUUUCAUGAAGAAGGAACAUUUCUCGUCCGUCUGUGUUUCCUGCCUGGACUCCACGAGCUACCAAACGUAUAGAAACUCUUGAGCAUAUUCAAAGAUUGACACAGUCAAACCACUCCCUCAACUAGUGUGUGUUUUAUUGUUGUAUCCCUUUGGACUGUCAGUGUGUCUGGUUGGUUCUUUGGCUUGCGUGUCAUUCUGUCCAAAUCUUGUUUGUUUUGAACACCCCCUGCCACAAGAUGAUUUUAGAUUAGGCUCUUAUUGUCCUUAAAUUAUUGCAUCAGUUGACCUGAUACAGAAUAGAAACAUUCUUUUGUUUUUGAAUUAAGUUUGUCAAUUGUUUUUUCUUAGCUCCAUAUCAGGCUCAUAGCCCCAGAAACCAUAAGAUGAAUGGAUGUGUUUUCAGAAUAGUUAAACACUCUACAAUUUAUUUUUUCAUUUUUAAUGCUUCCUGACAUUUUAAAGCUUAUGUUUUUUGAUUUGAGAACUGAAUUUUAUUGUGUUAAGAGAGUGAAAAGCAUUUAUUUUUUUUAUAUUUUAUUUCUUGUUUUUCAUGUUCCAUGUUUUCCAUGCCAACUAAGGGGGUAUUUAGAGGCUAAGCAGCGCUGCUCUGGGUGUAGCAUUGCAUACUAAUAAGACACACCAGGCACCGUGGCCCUGUUCUUGUGCUCCCUGGGUUAAAUGGGGUUCUCGAAGGUUCACCACAACUGUGAAUGUGAACGUGAAACGCAGCAUCUCGCCGACACUCCCACAACCUCCUUCACCUUGAAGCGGAUCUUGUUGAUUAACUGCCACUUGUCCAAAACAACAAGCCCGGUUUCAUUGACUGAUGCACCUUUUCAUUUUUAUCUCCAUGACAACAGAAAGUUAGACAUCACGAGCACAAAAUGCUCUUCUAUUAGACACGAGUACCACAAGGUGUUAUAUACAAAGAAAAAUAGGAAUUGGUCCAGCAGCAGCUGCUUCCUCUGAAAACCUCAGCUAUAAAUGGCUCCUCUGGGGUGUACUAGUGAGUUCCUUUUGACAUUUUUUAAAGGGUACUAGGAGAUCUGUCCGUGCAAUACUUGCUUGCUUAUUGAAAAGCUUUUUCAUUUUCAAGUUUUAUUUAAUUUCAAAGACUAUAUUUAAGAGAAAAAAAACGACAUUGUCACUUUACCAAGGAAGUUUUCCACACGUCUGUAGGGGGUUUGGCCUUAAUGUAGCAGCAACACCGUGUUUAUUAUGAACUUUCCACAGACUUUUUUUUCUGGUAAGAAAAGGAAAACUUUUAUUUCUUUAACGCUGACUGGAUUAAACUCAGUCGCUGCAGGGGAAGGACUUUUAUUUUUCACAUUGUACAAGUAGCGAUUUGUUUCUGUUUUCUGAAGCAAAAGCCACUAUUCUCUGUAAAAUAACUCGGAAUUAAAUCCUUUUUUAUAUAUUCUGUUUUCAACUAAAGAGAAAGUAUUAAUAAAGUUGUUUUUAAAAAA